CCGAAACACAAUUCUGGCAAGCGUGCACUGUUGUUGCAUUCUUUUCCUGGUUGAAGAUGUUGAUUUUUUUCUUGGUCGCAUGAUAAAUUACUAGAGAAGCCUAUAUCAUCGGAUUGAUUUGAUUUCGUAAUUGGAGAGGGGAUGUUUGCCACCCCCCUGUAUGCCCACACUGGGCGUGGUGCAUUUGCCAAUGUGUACGACCCAGCCGAGGACACCUUCCUCCUGAUGGAUGCCAUGGAGCAAGAUGCAGAACUGCUUCUUCAGAGAGAUCCCUCUGUCUGCCUGGAGGUCGGUUCUGGUUCUGGUGUAGUUUCUGCCUUCGCUGCUUCAUUCAUUGGGCCUAAAGCAGCCUACUUCUGUACAGAUAUUAAUCCCUUAGCUGCUGCCUGCACUACAGAGACCGCACGCUGCAAUGAAGUCAGUGUUCAGCCAGUAAUCACCGAUUUGGUCAGUGCACUGUUGCCCAGGCUUCUAGAGAAAGUGGACAUUCUACUCUUCAACCCCCCCUACGUUGUGACUCCAUCUGAGGAGGUAGGAAGCUGUGGUAUCGAGGCCUCAUGGGCAGGUGGGAGGCGGGGCCGAGAGGUGAUGGACAGGCUGUUUCCCCUGGUUCCCCAGCUCCUGUCCAAUCAGGGGCUUUUCUAUCUGGUUACCGUGCAAGAGAAUAACCCAGAGGAGAUUAUCAGCUUGCUGGGGAAGGCUGGGUUGAAGGGGAUUAUGGCUCUUUCUCGACAGGCUGGAAGAGAAACUCUGUCCAUUCUCCGGUUCUCGAAAUCCUGAGCCUGCUCUGCUAAAUUCAGUUGGUCCUUCAGGAUAAUAACCCAGACCUUUUCAUCUGUAACACCCCUGCAUUAUGUGGGCGGGCAUUGUGUUGGUGUUAGGGGAAUACCUGGACCUGUGUCGAGGAUUUACGAUCAUCAAGCAUGAUGUGAGCGGGCUGCUGUAUAAGGGUCCUGAGCGACUGUAUCAUCUGUAACAAGGUUGUUGGAAUGUGAUAACCUAAAGCGAGUGGGUGCACUAAGCUGAAAACUGACAUCCUGUGUCAACAGUUUAAUUAAAUAAGAAAAUAUUUUGUGGAUGUCUUCAUCACUGUGGUUAAGCUUACAUGGGAGAAUGAGUUGAAUUUUCAUCUUGCCCUUUAUUAAGGUGUGUUGAAAAUGUCCCUUUUAUUUUAAGUUAGCCCAAGUUUAAGGAAAAUGCAGUGCGCGAUGUAAUGUCUUUUGAUGUAAAUCAGAAAUGUGGAAGAAGUUGGAUUACAGAAGUUUUCAUUUUUUACACACAUUUUGACCUUAAUAAAUCAGUCAUGCCUUAUUAGGAAAAUGUCCUCCAAGCUUGAAAUUACCAGCAUGUUUUGAUUUGUAAUAUGAAGUGUAUGAGUAUCCCGGUUCUGUUUUUGUCCCAGUCCGUUUCAAUUCUGUGUUAGCCGUUCUCUCAUUCUCUGGCGCUACACACAAUUUAAAAAAUAAAGUAUUAUUUUUUUACACA